AAACGCAGGUGUAAUAAUACCAUAGAUAAUAAAACGGAGCAAAUAUUCGUACCGCUGCUGCACUUUGUUUUAUUUUUCUAAAAUGCAAACGAAACACCGUCCUUCCGAAAUUUAUCAUAAAAUACUUUCGGUUAUUUGUUUCUCCUCUCGACUAAUUGGCGCCGAUAUAGUCUCCAAGGAUUUUAAAAUCAAUUCGAAAACAUUCAUUGUUAUGGGAUUCAUUGUCGCUUACUAUCUUUUUUCGGUGCAUAUGAUUAGCAAAUACGUUGCCACGGAUUGGACAGUGUUGCUGGAUGUGUUCUCGCCGGUAAGCUGUACCACGCAGGGAUUGGUGAAAUUUGUUUCGGCUUUAAUGUAUCCUAAACUAUAUCGGCAACUCUCUUUGGAACUACUCGAUAUUUAUGAGAAAUAUGAAGUGAUGGGCAAGAAAUACGAGCUGAAACUGUUGGAAUGGAAUAGGAGCAUGAAAAAGAUACUAAUAGUCUGCGGCAUAGUAUACUCACUAACGUCUUUGCUAAUUUUAUGCACGCCACUUGUCCUGUACAUAUUUAAGGGCGAACGACAUCUUAUAUUGCUGUGCCAAGUGCCCGGAUUCGAUGUGACCACAUCGCAUGGCUAUAUGGUGAACAAUGCCUUUAAUACCGCUUGUGUGCUAAUAGCAGCCUUUGGCCUGUAUGCUGGCGAUUUAUAUUUGCUACUCUUUUUAACGCACUCAAUCUUCUUCAAUGAUAUAUUCACAUUAAAAGUCAGCGAUCUCCACGAAGUGAUGCAACAGAAUGGAAAGGAUAAACGCAUAACCAAAAUGGUUGAUGAUAUUGUGGAAUGGCAUCAGUAUUAUUUGGCAUUCAAUGAUAAUUGCAAUUUGAUAUUCUUUUGGACCAUCUCGGCGCACAUCAUCUGCACAACUUUGGGCAUUCUGAGCACUUUGCUCAUAAUCAUGCUGAAGGAUUGGCCUGGCGCUUAUGUCUACUUAUUUGUGUGCUUUCUUUGGUUGUACAUGUAUUGUAUAUUGGGCACGCGUGUGGAAAUUUGUAAUGAUCAGUUUUGUAGAGGCAUCUACGAUAUUAACUGGUAUGGCUUGGAUGUGCGCAAUCAGAACACCAUUCGCUUGAUGUUAAUGCAAUCGCAGGCGCCACGAAAUAUAACCAUCGCGGGAGUUGAGCCGCUAUCGGUGAGCACUGCGCUUAAGAUAACACGCACGAUUUACAGUUUGGUUAUGAUGGUAUUGCGUUUUCAAAAUAAAUAAAAACUAUUUCCGAUGAGUAACAGAAACAAAUGUAUGAAGCAGAAGUCGCGCUUUACAAGUACAAAAUUCGUAUUAUAUUGGCAUUCAACCUUGGCGAGCUUAUGACCUUGAAGUGCUGCUCUUUUGUAUUUUAUUAAGCUUUUAAAUUAUUGUACGUAAGUUAAGUAAACGAUAAUAGUAAAAAUAAAAA